GGGGUCUUUCCUACCCGAGUCCCAUAUUCUUGCAGUAAGCUGAUGGGGGUCUUCCCAGGACUCGACGCCAGCAUCUGCUCUACACUGUGGAAAAUCAAGAAGAGAAAAAGAAAUAUUCAAGAGAUGCCAAUAACAGAGACAUGUAAUUGAAGUUGGAUUGGCAGGGGGUCAACCAAAAAAGAAGGAAGUGGACACAGCACGUGUAAAGCAAAGCAGCACCUAAAAGGCUGGCAGCCACGCUACUUUGUUCUGGACCAAGGCAUCUUGUCCUACUAUGAUUCACAGGAUGAUGUUGAUAAAGGGAGCAAGGGUAGCAUUAAGAUGGCCGUGUGUGAAAUCCGAGUGCAUCAGGCAGAUAGCUGCAGAAUGGAUCUCUAUAUACCAAAGGAGCAGUGCUUUUACCUGCGAGCAGACAAUGUAGCGGAUAGACAAAGAUGGUUGGUGGCCCUAGGUUCGGCCAAAGCCUGCUUGGGGGACAUUGAAUCUCAAAAAUCUAAAGAUGUGCUGCCAGAUAAUGACAGUCUUAGUCGGAAGCUGUCAGAGUUGCGGCUCUUCUGUGAUCUACUCAUGGGGCAAGUGGCAGAAGUUAAAGAAGCAGUGACUACAGAGGAGACAGGAGCUGCACCAAACAAGGAGAAGCUGAACACUGCGUGCUCCAACCUACAGGGAACAUGCUCUUACAUCUGUUCUACUUUAGAUGAAUGUAUAACGUAUGUUAACACUAGCCUGCAUCUGCAGAAACAAGACCCCCCUCUACCAGUCUUACCUGGGGAUGUGGUUGGCAGCAAACUUCCCCUGAGUCGAAAGGUUAAACGCUCUCUUAGUCAGCCUGUUGAAUCAGCACCACCAAGGACUCCUAAUUCCCCAAGGCAGGGUGAUGGAGUUACCGUUAUAAAGAAUCUGGAGCAAAUGGCGAUGAGGUUACAUUCCCAAGAACGAAAGUACUUGGCAGCCAGUAAUGCAACAUCUGGAUGAAGAGCCUAGUCCAGUACUAAAACAG